AACUGCAAGCCGUCUCCACACUGCCAGCAAGGCGCCCCACGCAGGGCUCGACCUCACCCACGGUGAGAUCACGACCUGAGCCUAGAUGAAGACUCCUGACACUGACCCGACCGAGCCACCCAGGCGCCCCAUAAUGGUCUCUCUUUAACCCCGAGUGUCCAGGGUGAACGGCCACCCGCAGAACCAGCGAAGCGGCAUCCCGGACCGGCCGCUAGGCGGCGGGAGCUCGCGCCCCCAGAGACGCCGGCGCGGCCGGGAUGCGUCACUCGCUCGCGCCGAGAGAGACGGGCGGGGCCGAUGACGUCACGCGCACGCCCCAGAGAGGCCGGCGCGGUCCUGUGACGUCACGCGCGCGCGCGCGCCCCGGCUAAGCGAAGUGGUCGCCGGCGCCCGAGGGUCGGGGGCGUUCGCCAUGGGCCCGCGCGUGCCGCUCCCCCCGGAGAUCCAGCUGGCCCAGCGCCUGGCCGGGAACGAGCAGGUGACCCGGGACCGGGCGGUGAAGAGGCUCCGGAAAUACAUCGUCGCCAGGACUCAGCGGGCCGCAGGUGGUUUCACUCAUGACGAGCUGCUGAAGGUUUGGAAAGGACUGUUUUACUGCAUGUGGAUGCAGGACAAGGCCCUCCUCCAGGAGGAACUAGGGAGGACCAUUUCCCAGCUCAUCCAUGCUUUUCAGACCACAGAGGCACAGCACCUGUUCCUUCAAACAUUCUGGCAAACCAUGAACCGCGAGUGGACGGGCAUUGACAGACUGCGCCUGGAUAAGUUCUACAUGCUCAUGCGGAUGGUCCUGAACGAGUCCUUGAAGGCCCUGAAGAUGCAGGGGUGGGAAGAAAGGCAGGCGGAACGGCUGCUGGAGCUGCUGACGACAGAGAUCCUGCACCCUGACAGCCAGGCCCCCAGCGGGGUCAAGAGCCACUUCCUUGAGAUCUUCCUGGAGGAGCUGAGCAAAGUGGGCGCCGCGGAGCUGACGGCGGACCAGAACCUCAAGUUCAUCGAGCCCUUCUGCACGAUCGCCGCUCAGACUAAGGACUCCCUGGUGUUGCAUAACAUCACUCGGGGCAUCUUUGAAACGAUCGUGGAGCAGGCCCCGUUUGCCAUUGAGGACCUUAUGAAUGAGUUGGAGGCAGCAGAGGAGGAGGAGGGGACGUCGGAGGACGAGCGGGAGGACGUGCCGUCCAAGGAGCCACGGAGAGGCUCUCUCCACGGGGCCGCACCCGACACGAGCGAGGAGCCAGCAGGAGAUGGCGAGGACAGCAUGGGCCCCGUCCUCCAGUUUGACUAUGAGGCUGUGGCCAGCAGACUGUUCGCGGCGGCCAGUCAGCAGGACACCCCUUCCCAGAACAGGAAGCGCCUCUACAAAGUGAUCCGGAAGUUGCAGGACCUCGCUGAAGGGCUCUUCCCUGAGGAUGACGUUCCAGAAAAAGCCUGCAGGAACCUGCAGGAAGACAGGCGGGAGAGGAAGACGAAGAAGCGUUUGCCCAAAUCUGGGUUACAGAACAAGGCAGGGAAAGGCGGCGAGGAGGACUCGUGUCCAGACCUGAGCUCCGGAGCUGAGAGGAUGGCGAGGCGGCAGGGCUCGGGGGCUGAGCGCCCCGGGCCCCAGGAGCAGCCCGGGGGCCCUGCUGGGAGAGGGGCUCGGAAGAGGCGGCGGCGGCGGCAGCCUCGGGCGGGGGCCAGAGCGAAGGUGACCGAUUGCCAGGACCUACGGAUGAGGAGGCGGCAGCCGCCACGGAGUGGGAAGUGACCCCGGCAGGCCCCGCACGUGCGGGGAGGCCCUUCCCUGCAGCCCCUCCGUCUUGUGCUGAGGUGAGCGAGGGAUCGGGGCCGCAGGGCCCCGCUCCUAAGACCGUGUCCCGAUGGCAGCGGCUCCUGACCUGCUGUGUCGGCAGAGGCUCGGGCCCCUUGCUCGGUGGCCGUGCCCCAGGCCCCAGAACGUGCUGGCGCCGUGCUGACCUUGGUCAGGAACCCUCGAGAUGUGAAACUGCCCUGCAGACCCUCUCCCUGGGCCAGUGACCUGCCACACCCCGGGGCGUCCAUGAAUAAAAUGCUGUGCAGUUCUUUCCA